AUGAACUUGAAAGACCGAAUUGCUAAUUUUUUAAAAGCAACAACAACAAGUCAUUCCGAUGAGGAUACGAGCAAGCAGCAUCAUGAUGAAAAAACAAAUCGUAUUGAAAACAAUGAAAAUAACCAUGAAGGAAAGAAACGUAAAAAAGCUCAACAAGAGGAAUCAUCCGAACCAUCAUCAUCCAAUUUGAAUACAGAAGAUUCCAAGAAUUUAGAAAAUUCAAAGAAACGGAAAAUACAAACCAAUAAUGAUUCAUCAACCAAAGGUGAAAAUUCUUCAUCUUCCUCUACCGUACUCCAACAUGCUCCUCCACUCACUCCGCUACAAAAGAAACUUUCAAGAAUUGAAAAACAACGUUCACUCUUUGGAAGCGACACCAAAGCUGUUCUCACCUUCAAAUUGAAAGAAUUGAAAAAACGAUUUCUAACGGUGAAUGAUAUUCAAAAUCUCAUGUUGUGGUCUCUUAUGGGACAUUCAUGCACAACGCUUCAAAAAAAGGACCAACACGAUCAUCAUGAAACAUACGAUGCUUUAUUAUUCACUCCCAGAUGGUUACAUAUUAUGAAUAUGGGUCUCAUUGAUAAGGUCAUCAUUUUGCAUUUUGAUUCUUUGAGUAAGGAAGUUUUUGAAAAAUACAAAUCUCAUCUACCAAAUAUUGGGAAAAUUAUGGACAAGUAUGUGAUACCAGACGGAAUACCUUCAAAAAGACAACCCUACUUACAAAUCAAUCCUCCUUGGUCAGCUGAACAAGGAAAUUUAUCCAUGAUCACCGAGAAGCGAACGGCCAAUUAUUGGCGUAAAACAUUUCUACACAGAUUAUUUAAGCGAAGUAUUUCCUUCUUUAAAGAAAAGAAUACCAAAAAAACUGUCAGUACGAGCAGUACCAGUCAUCAAGAAAAUACUCGAAAAUCGUACAGUUUCAGUACCAUGAGCGGUACACUAAAUGUGAUUGAACGAGUGUCAUCUCAAUCGACAACAACAGUUUCAUCAUCCUCAAGUCAUCAUUUACCGACAACUGAAGUUACUUCUGUAUUCGCAGAAAAAGAAAUUUCAACCAAAUUGCAAGAUCCUUCUGAAAAUGACCAACAAGCUGAAACCAAUUCAGAAGUGGCAGAUAAUGAAAUGGAAAAUGUUGAACACGACGAAAACAAAACAAAAUUGGAAGAUUUAUUAUUAUCCAGUGACGAGCUUUCCGAGAAUAAUUAUCCAAUUUUUACAAGCGAAGAGGAAUUGACUAGUUCUGGUUAUAUUGCAACCUUCAACUGGAAGAGUGCUGUAAAGAAGCAUCAAAUUCUUGCGCUCGACUGUGAAAUGUGUCUCACCAAAAAUGGAGACGAGCUUACUCGAGUUACCUUUGUAGACGAAAAUGGUCAAGUAGUUUAUGACAAACUAGUGAAGCCAAAAGACCCAAUAAUUGACUACAGAACCAUGUUCAGCGGAAUUACCAAAGAAAUGUUAGAAAAUGUACAAACAACUCUCGCAGAUGUUCAGAAAGAAAUUAUGGAAUUUAUUUCACAUGAUACAAUUUUACUCGGCCAUUCUCUUGAAAAUGACUUGAUUUGUUUGAAAAUUUGUCACAAGCGAGUGAUUGACACUUCAGUAAUAUUUCUCAGCUCGUCAAAUUUUGGAACCAAAUACAAGCAAUCACUGAAACAACUUGCUAUGAAAUAUCUCUCACGAGAAAUUCAACAUAACAAUGCCGAGAAAAUUGGUCACGACAGUAUUGAAGACGCCUUAGCAGCUUUAGAUUUAGUCAAAUUUGUUCUUAAACACGGUAUUGAACAUGUUCACAAAAGAGAGAAGCGAACCAAAGAUUUUUACGCACAGGAAAAUGUGUUUGAGUUUUUGAGUAACGGUGAGAAGCGAUCAGUCAUGCUCGAUCGAGCCAAUAAUUUGAAUGGAAUUCUUUCUGGCUCUCUUUCUGAUGCCAUUCCUUGCACCACCGACGAGGAAGUAUGUCAAAAAUCAAAAAAGUUUGUUUCCAACUCGGAAUAUGACUUGGUAUUUAGCCAUUUCGCAGAACUUGGUUAUUUUUAUGAAAAGAAUGAAUACGAUCCGAUUGGAUCUCCUGGAAGUGGUCACGAAGCAAAAAAUGUCAACAAAUUAUUUCAGCUCAUUCAAGAAACAGGAAAUGAACAAGACACAACAACCAUUCAAAAAUUUGAAAAUGAACUAUUGAGAAUAUUAGGAAACUUUGAUCGAUAUUAUUCCGAACUAUAUGAGGAAGCUUCCGAAAAUUCACUAUUCAUUGUCACGACUGGACAUGGUAACAUUUCGCAAAUAGAGAGAGCAUUUAAAAAGCAAAAAGAUUGGAAGGCAUUGAAAGAAAAUUCAAAAGAAUUGUUGUAUCUCAUUCAAAAUUGUUGUGGUAUUGGUUUUAUUGAUAUUAAAUAG